UUUGCUUUAGUUUGCUCCAAAGCGGAUUGGUACAGUCGCGCACAUACCAGUCUUACUGCUGCUGCUUCAAAACGUGGUCGUUGCUAAGUUUUAACAGUUUUGCGCGUUUCGAAUUGCUGCGAUAUUGUAUUCUACCGAACAAAAUUGUCGUUAAAGUGUUCCUUUUUCAUUCACUAAAUGGAUAAUACAGUGUUUCAAAUAGACACUCGAAGACUUUUGGAACGUGGUACUAGUGUCAAUGGAUACUGCCAAAGUGUUUUUGAUAAGUGUGACAGAAAUCAAGAUGGGUUCGUCAGCUUGGAGGAACUUACAGCGUUUAUCAAGAGCAACGAGCAAACGCCGACCUCCGGACCCUUGACACCUAUCAUCCUCAACAACUAUCAAAGAUUCGACCAAAAUCACGACAACAAACUCGAUUUCGAAGAGUUCGUCGAAAUGAUUACGAACGACAGUUUUCUAAAAGACUUUGCCAAUCUAGGAAACCGAUAUGUAAAAUUCCUAGUACCAGUAUCAAGACGAACCGUAAAGCUUCGUCGAAUGCACACGAUAACAGGAAUGUAUGAGGAAGAAGUAAAAUUCAAAAAAACUGAUGUAGGAAUGAUAUUAUUAUCCAUAAUUCAAAUAGCAUUGUAUUACAUAGGCUACAAUAAACCAUUAAUAUUCGACCACUUAAGAAGAUAUGAAGUUUGGAGAUACAUGACAUAUAUGUUUACACAUAGCUCGACACUACACCUUUUCAACAACGUAAUAUUUCAACUAGCAGUUGGAUUACCUUUGGAAAUGGUGCAUGGUUGGAGAGUCAUCGUUAUAUAUUGUGCAGGAGUUUUGGGAGGAUCACUAUUCCAGUCUGUCAUUUACCCGGAUGAAAAUCUAACGGGUGGUAGUGCUGGAGUACACUCCUUCUUCACAGCUCAUAUUGCCACAGUUAUCAUGAAUUGGAGGGAAAUAAGUCAGCCUAUUGCCCAGUUGAUAUUCUUCGGUUUCUUCACAGUGUGCGACACCGUCUACAAAUACAUUACCUAUGGAAAUCAAAACAGUACGAGCUACAUAGCCCAUCUAGGUGGGGCCAUAUGUGGACUUCUCGUAGGCGUAAACAUUCUCCGAAAUUUGAGAGAAACCAGAGUGGAAAGGAUUAUCUGGUGGAUAUCCUUUGUCAUUUACACGAUAUUAAUGAUAACGCUAAUUUCAUUAGAAAUAGCCUUAAAUGUGUUUCAUUUAAGGCCAACAAGCUAAUACAAAGCUAAAACUGAAAAUCAAUAUAACGACUGAAUAGUUAAUUUGACUUUAUCAUUAGUUCAUCUAGUAUUAUUUAUAAAUAAUAAUAUUUCAACUUUAGUGAAAUCAUGACAAUACAUGUCUAUAGUAAAAUAUAAUUUAUAACAGACUGCCAGUAGUGAAACCUCAUGUUUAAGCCAGUUACAAUCAUAUUUCGUAGAUUCAUACUAGUCUUACGUACUAUAUCAUUUAUCACUAUUUAUUUCCUUUUUUAUGAUGAAUAUAUCAUUUGCAUUUCCAUACAACUUAUUCAUAUUUUUUAAUUUAUGUAUUCAGGUAUUCAUCACUUUGUGAUAUUUUGUACUUAAUUUAGGAAAAUAUUAGUGUUAUUUAUUUAUGUUUUGUACUAC